AUGUUCUAAAUCAAUUAGUAAUUUAUAUCAAUAUAUUUUUUAGAUCCAUCCUAUAUUUUUGGUUUGUAAAGUUGUACAAUUCUGAUUAUCUAAACUUUUAUAUAGUAUUGUAUAAGUAAUAAUUCAAUAAGUUUGCUAGAAUGUAAAUGCAAAUUCAGAAUUAUUUCAUUAAAUAACUAUAGAAGUUGUUAAUUUAUUUCAAAAAAUACAAAUUAAUUUAUAUUACGUAAUCAAAUCGUUAUCCCCUACUUAUCAUUAUCCAAUCAUGCAACAAAAGAAAUAAAAAAAGUAUGUCUCAAUAUAAAAUUUAGAUUAUCAAAAAGUCCUUAAAGAAACCCAUUAACAACUAAUACUUCUCUUAUCUGUAAGACAACCAAUAUCUCACCAAAUAAAAUUGUUAAAAAGAGAGGCACAUCAGCAACAAUACCAACUGAUUCAUAUCAUAUUGAGAAGAGAGAUUAAGUAGAAAAGCGUAAGGUUUCUAAAAUAUACAAAUUAACGAAUUAAGAAAAAAAUAAUUUUGUAAGAAAGGAAUCAAAGUUAAAGGAAAUUUAAAGAAGAUAGGAAAUAGGAUUAGAUUUUUUAAAUAAAAUUCCAAAGAAAAAAAUUUAACUGCUUCUUCAAAGUAUAACUUCACUAUAUGUAUGUAGGAUAGAAAACUUAAGGAUUAUCCAAUUUUUAAUAGGACAACUCAAAAAAGAUGUAAAGUACUUAAAAUUAAAGACUACAUUUAAAAUAGAAAAAUUAAUUACAUCAGUAGUAAAAAUAAAACGAAUAAAUGAAUAGAAAGAAGGAUAUGAAAAAAUAAUUGCAAAAUAGUCGAAAUAUUUUGAAAAGUAAAACUAUUUUAAAUUAUAGAAAGUUUAUCUUAAUAAAAAUGUAAAAAAAGGAGUAUAACUUCAAUAACUUAAAAAAAAGAAUUUACUUAAAGAAAUUCAAGUUCAAAAACUAAAAAUGAGAAUACUACUUAACUCACUGGUUAUGAAGGAGAAUUGCUGGAAAAAUAUAAAAAGUUAUAAGCUCGAUAUUCAAAAAUAUAUUCAGCAUUUUUUGAUGAGAGUAGUUGUGUAUAAUAUUUAACAGAUACAGAUCCAUAUUUAUUGCCUUCUUAACCAACCUCGAAUAAAUAAUAAUUAAUUUUAACUGAAGAAUUCUCAUUGAAUAGAGAUGAAAAAAUAUAAUUAAAAGAAUUUGGCAUUCUCGAAAAUAAAUUUAAUAGAAUGCAUACUGCAGCAACUAAAAUUUAGAAAGUUUGGAGAGGAUUUAUGACUAGAAAAUUAAUUUUGGAUUAGUAAUUCGAAUAAUACUAUUAUAAGUAACCAGAAAUUUUUAAUGAAGAAACAUUCAGAAGUCAAUUUCGAUUCGAAAAAGAUAGUUAAUCUAUAUAAUAAGGAAGGGAACAAACCUUAAAUUAAUUAACUCAUUAAACUGAUAUUAAUUUUAUUUUAGAAUUAGAAUCAGGAAAAGUAGACAAAGAAGAACAUAAAAGUAGUCCUAAAAUUUCUGGUAAAUUUGUUAAGUAUUAAAAAAUGAAGUGGUAAGAACUUCUUAAUUAUAUUUCUAAAUUAGAGAAUCAAACUUAAGAAAAAACAAUUAAUGAAGUUCUUAAAGAUUUAAAACUAUUCACAUAGUAAUGUUCUUAAGAUUGCUCUCUUAGCAAAUUUUAAAUUAAGAAAUUAGAAAUAUAAGUUCCUUAAUUUUCAUAGGAAUCUAUGGUUAUGAGUGAAAUUAGAUAAGCUAUGUGUUCUGAAAAGUUAAUGAGAUAAAUACUUACAUCUUCAAUAAAACUAGAAAAUGAAUCUAUUUUUGAAGAGUAACCAUUUCAUUAAUUUGCUUCAAAAUAAUUUGAUGAAAUAUUAUAUAGAAAUUAAAUGGAUGAAUUAAUAAAAAUGAGAUAGUUAAUUGUUCAAGAAUAAUAGAAAUCAUAACAUUAAGCUUUGACAUAAGAAUUUGAAUAAAAAUUAAUAUCUCCUAAAACUUUUGAGGAAAGAUAUCAAACUUUAGAAAAAUGGGUCACUAAAUAAUAAGAAGAUAUUGAAAAUAAUAAAAUCAAUUUUGAAAAAGGAUGGUAAGGAUUAUAUAAUACUUUUAUAUAAACUGAAAAAGAACUUAAAUUUUUACAAUAAUAGAAGUAUUCUUAAUAUUCUCAAAUUUCAUAUUCUUAACAAUUUAUUAAUUAUUCAAUUUCAGCCUUUUCAGAUUCAGUCUAUAAAAACUCUAUAUAGGAAUUAUCAAAUUAAAAUGAAACUCUUUUAUUAAAUAAUUAUAAUGAAGAAUUUGAGAAUAAACGUUUAAAAACUCAUACUUCUACUUCUUAAACUCCUGAUGAAUAGAUUAAAUAUCAACAUUUAGAGAAUUACCAUGAAACUAUAGAAUGGAAUGAUGAAUAAUUAUUGACUAGUCAACAAUUUCAAUAAAAUCAUUAUGUUUAAGAUUCAAAAAUAAAUAAUGCAUUAACGAAUGCUCCUUUAAAAAGUUUAGAAUAAGCUGAGAUAGAUUAUCUUCACUAAGAAGUAUGACUUAUUUACAAUGAUAGGUUUAAAAUGAGGAAUUGAAUUGGCUUAAUUAUAAUGAAUUCAAAUUUUAUGUACUCAUGGAUAUCUCUAAUUUAAUUUUUAAUGAAUUAAUAGAGGAAUUUAAAGAAGAAUGUAUAUAGCUAUAAUUUUGA